CCAAGCGGACCAUGUACUCUCCGGUGGUCUGACCUUCUAAAAAGCUGAUCAGGGGAACUAGAUUCGAGCAAGCCGUUGUAAAGCUGCGGAGCCAUCGAAAGGUCCCACUUGCGCCGAGCGCGAACGAGCUCGGAGGGUCCGACCCCCGAUUCACUGGCGCGGAGUCCGAGCGCCAGACCACCUUCCGCACCAGGCCGAGGCAUUUCGCCUUGGAGACCAUCUAGGCGAUGCGAUUGAUCCACGGGUUCAGUGUCGUACACCGGGACAGAGCUCAGCACAUUGGAUCGGACCAUGGGAGCAUAGGUCGCAGGGCCCCCUCGCGGCGUAGAGACUACAAUACAGCAUUUGCAGGACGCGGACGUACUCCGCAAACACCUCCUGCCCGCAUUCACCGUCGUGGGAAUCGAUCCGAUGCUUCCACCGCGGACAAGCGCCGAGUCGCCGAGUCCCGCGUGGGCGCUAGAGGCAAUGGACGCUCGGGCGGUGCUCAAUGGGAUGAUCCGCUCAGCAGCGUAGACUAUGUUGCUCGGAGAGUUAGAUCAACGCCGUCGGAUCAGGCUGCCCCGCCCUUCUCUCGUUGUUCCAAGGAGCGACACGCUCCGGUGGAGGCCCGCAUGACAAGCCCGAGUCAGCCCCGGCGGCACCUCCCCGAGUCUGUCGCUCGCCGACGGGGCCGGGCAGAGCGUGUCACGGACCAUCCGGCCGCCGGAGCGGAGACCUCCGCCCACGGCCAGGCGGAGCUCUCGCCGCCCGAUUUUGCUCCACACUUCUCGCCGAUUACCGCAACGCGAGCCGGAGCUUGCCGCGAGAUGCGAUCACGCGGUCGAGCGUUUGCUUCGCAGUUGUUGAACACGGGUCUUGAUCUGAUAGUGAUCCGCGAUCCGAUCCGCCGGAGGGCAAGCGAUGCCGACGGGCCCGCGGCCCCCGCAGUCCACGCGGCAUCCUCAGUCACAGUCGCGGACCACUGAUCUUCCAUUGGGAAUCUGGCGCCCGCCGGCC